AUGUGGAAACGAGCAGGUCUUUGGUAUCGAAUACCACUUACCUUCGUGGCAGGUAUGGACUUGUCUACGGUAAAGGUGCUUUUGGCUAUGGCGGCGACGUGGGGCGUACCCGCUAAACACGGUGACAUACCGAAUGCGUAUCUGAAGGUGGACAAGGAGCCUAUCCUCGAGAUACUGCUACAGGUACCGCAAGCCAUGGAAGUCGACGACACGACACUGAAGAAGCUAGGUGCGGCAAGCACGAAGGAUCUGGCACUCGAGCUUCGAAAGAGUUUUUACGGCCUCAAGCUAGCCGGACGACUCUGGAGCCAGCUCCUGCAUGCGAAGCUAUGCAGCGCAGGAUUUACACAGUGUGUUGAAGACAUGUGUCACUACUGGAAGAGUGACGGGAAGGAUACCGUCGAGGUUGGCGUCUACGUCGACGACCUGCUUGCAACUGGCACCGGAGCAGCUGCGGUAGAUCGGUUUUUUGCCAGUCUUGCGAGCCUGUCAAUCAAGGACCUCGUCCGUGUGAGUAAAUUUCUCGGUAUGAGAGUGGCGCUCGAUGGUGAAGGCGGCUACGUACUGGAUCAGGAGGAGGCGAUCAGCGACUUGCUGCAAGAACAUGGCCUCACAAACGCAAACUCGACAAUUGCGCCGAUCGGUGCCGACUGCUAUGAAGUGCAGCCGAUCGACAGCGUGCAACUUGAGGUUACGAGCACAAAUGGAGCACCUACAAUUAGAGACUCCCAGUCGCUCGUCGGAUCUCUGCUUUGGGUCGCGCGUUUUACGAGGCCCGACAUUGAGUUUGCCGUUCACAAGACGACGCGACAGACGCACCAACCGCGGCUUCACGAUUGGAAGCUCGCGAAGCGUGUAACUCGCUACCUUAAGGGGACGAAGACGACGAAGAUUAACAUGAAGCCAAGAGAUGUCAGGUGCGCGUCACCCAAGCUCGAGUCAAUUAGCGACGCCGACUUUGCCGCUGAUAAGAGCGACAGGAAGUUGUUGACCGGAGGCAUCAUCCUCCUCAACGGCAUGGCGAUCAGCUGGAGCGCCAAGAAACAAGGUGGCGUGUCCCUCUCGGCAAUGGAAGCCGAGUUUGUGGCGGCGUCAGAGAUCGCUAGUGAGCUGCUGGGCGUGCGCGAGAUGCUUAUCAAGAUUGGAAUGGCGCGAGAGCUACCGAUGUUGAUGCACGUCGACAAUCAAGCGGCAAUUCGACAGCUCGAGGGUUAG